CCUAAUAAAAACAAUUAGGUUAGAAUAAGAUACACGUCAGUGUUCACCCACGUCCAAACCCUACUGUAAAUGGGCUUAUUUAGUUGGCAAAUCGACGCUCGAUCGCAAGUUUUACGGUAAAUUCGCCCCCCUAAUCUAAUAAUUCACUAAUCGCAUAAAAUCACCGAUAUUCCGUACACGUAAGUUAAUACAUCACCAGUCAUGAUCCGGCUGCUUUUUGGGGCCCUAUUUGCCACGACCGCUUGGGCUCUGUACCCGCCCAGAGGCAACGUGAUCGAUUUAACCCCAAGCAACUUUCAAAGUCAAGUAAUCAACGGCGACGAGGUGUGGGUGGUGGAGUUUUACGCUCCGUGGUGCGGCCACUGCAAAAACUUAGUUCCCGAGUUCACCAAAGCCGCCAAUGCCCUUAAGGGGAUCGUGAAAGUGGGGGCGGUCAACGCGGACGAUCACAAGGAACUCGGCGGACAAUAUGGAGUCAGGGGCUUCCCGACAAUCAAGAUUUUCGGUGGAAACAAGAACAAACCAGAGGACUACCAAGGGGCAAGGACUGCCGAGGCCAUUGUUAAUGCUGCCCUAAGUGCUGCCAAAGCGAAAGCGAAAGAUGCCUUAGGGGGUGGUGGCCAAUCAGGAGGAAAAUCCUCUUCAAGUGGGUCUUCAGAUGAUGUAGUCGAACUGACUGAAAGCAACUUUGAUAAACUUGUUCUCCAAUCGGAUGAUAUUUGGUUGGUGGAGUUCUUUGCCCCAUGGUGUGGCCAUUGCAAGAAUCUCGCCCCCGAGUGGGCUAAAGCGGCCACUGAAUUGAAGGGAAAAGUUAAACUAGGAGCCCUAGAUGCCACCGUGCACAGUGAAAAAGCCCGAGAAUACAAUGUUCAAGGAUACCCGACUAUUAAAUAUUUCCCAGCUGGAGUGAAAUCCCGAUCAGCCGCAGAGGAGUAUGAUGGUGGGAGAACUGCUAACGACAUCGUCAAUUGGGCCAUGGACAAGUUGACUGAGAGCAUCCCAGCUCCGGAAGUAGUCCAGGUGACAACCCCCGAACUGUUCAAGGAACAAUGCGAACAAAAGCCUUUGUGCGUCGUAGCAGUGUUGCCACAUAUACUUGACUGCCAGUCCCAAUGUAGAAAUGACUAUAUCAAGAUGCUCACCGGACUGGGGGAGAAAUUCAAGAAGAAGAUGUGGGGAUGGAUUUGGGCUGAGGCCGGAUCUCAACAAGAGCUGGAGGAUGCUGUGGAUAUCGGAGGCUUUGGGUAUCCUGCAAUGGCAGUUAUCAACGCCAAAAAAAUGAAAUACUCGAUUCUCCGAGGGUCUUUCUCUGCUGAUGGAAUUUACGAGUUCCUGAGGGAUCUCUCUUAUGGUAAAGGCAACACUGCUCCGGUUAAAGGGUCAAAAAUGCCAAACAUUUUGAAAAUCGAAGCUUGGGAUGGUAAAGACGGAGAGCUGCCCCCAGAGGAGGAUAUCGAUUUAUCAGAUGUGGAUUUGGAUGAUAGCAAAGAUGAGCUAUAAGAGACUUAAAAGACUUAUUAAUGUUUAACUAACUUCCUGACCCCGAGUCAAUAGUUUAGAUUUUUUUUGUGAAUGCCCUGUAUUUUGGAUAAGUAUGAUUUUUGUAAAACUUACUCGUUUAAUAAAUAAAUAUUUAUGUCCUAA